AUGCCGAAACCUAAGGUUGGAAUCAAUGGUUUUGGUCGUAUCGGUCGGCUCGUUUUGCGGGCUGCAAUAGACAAAGGGACAGUGGAAGUUGUGGCUGUCAAUGACCCAUUUAUUGAUCUGAACUACAUGAAAUAUAUGUUUAAGUAUGAUUCAACCCAUGGCGUUUUCCCAAGUGACGUCUGUGUGGUUGGUGGCAAUCUUAUGGUGAAGGGCAUGACAAUCGCUGUACAUAAUGAACGUGACCCUGCAGCUAUACCCUGGGGAAGCCAUCAGGCUGAAUACAUCGUCGAGUCCACCGGCGUCUUCACAACAAUCGACAAGGCCAAGGCCCAUCUUCAAGGUGGGGCAAAGAAAGUAAUAAUUUCCGCGCCUUCGGCGGAUGCGCCGAUGUUUGUCGUUGGUGUGAAUCAUCAAACCUACCACAAGGGUUUGGAUGUGGUCUCAAACGCCUCCUGUACCACGAACUGCCUGGCACCGCUUGCUAAAGUAGUUCAUGAGAAGUACGGAAUUCUCGAGGGUUUAAUGACUACUGUCCAUGCCUACACAGCUACGCAAAAAACUGUCGAUGGUCCUUCUAACAAGGACUGGAGGGGUGGGCGUGGAGCCCAUCAAAACAUUAUCCCCUCGUCCACUGGUGCUGCCAAAGCGGUUGGCAAAGUUAUCCCUGAUCUUAAUGGCAAACUCACGGGCAUGGCAUUUAGAGUACCGACACCCGACGUUUCAGUGGUUGACCUUACCUGUAGAUUGUCCAAGCCUGCGAAAUACACCGAAAUCAUGGAAACCAUCAAACACGCUUCUGAGGGUCCAAUGAAGGGUAUCCUUGAUUACACUGAGGAUGAGGUCGUAAGCAUGGACUUCCGUGGCUCCUCUGCUUCGUCCAUUUUUGACGCGAAGGCGGGUAUCCAGUUGAGUGACACGUUCGUGAAGCUCGUUGCGUGGUACGACAACGAAUAUGGAUACAGCUGCCGUGUAGUGGAUCUGAUUUCACAUAUGUACUCCGUCGAUCAUGCCUGA